AUGGACCCUCUACUUGGCUCCUUGAGAGAAUUUAAGAUCAGAAAUGGAUUCAUCUGGGGUCGCCCUGGUUUUGACUUGGGUAUUUAUGAAGGAGAUAGAGUAGAGAAAACUUGCUGUGCGUGGGCGGGGAGAGGGGGUCCCGGGGCCCGCCCCCGCCCCCGCCCCCACACGCCCGCCCGGCACGAAUACCUGUCCGGGCUCGCCAGCGGCUCAGCAGACCGUGCACUUCCUGCUACACCCGGCCUGGGCGCUCCUACCUCUGGAUGUUGCUACGGCCACCACCACCCAACAAACACACACAGACACCCGUGUCCAGACUCACGGGGGUCUCCAGGGCCUGGGUACUCCCUGCCACCAUUUCCGCAGCCUAGGGAACUUUGCCUGCGGUCGGUGGAGGCCUGGGCGCCAAGGUGGUGCCAGGGGCGGGGCCGCGGUGUCGCAGGUGCUGCUGUGUGGGCCGCGCCUGUGCUCCAAGCCCGCGGGAGAGGGUCGGCCCCGCCCCUCGGCUCGGGUCCCAGGGCUUCCGGUGCUGGGAGGGGCGGGGGCGCGAGGGGUGGGCUUGGCAGUUUGCCGAGCUGGUGGAGUUGGGUUUCCGUCUGGAAGGAGACGGCCGCUUCCUACCGGAGCCCCUGGACCCUGCGCCCUCUCUGGGUCCCCACCCUGCGAAACCCUGAGUCCUCCGAGGUCAGGAUCCUGUGGAUGGAAGCUACGUUCUUAGCGCCCUCAGUGAACAGAAGUGCCCAUAUCCUAGCCAGCGCUUUGGGGAGCAAAAAUCAAAGGCUAGUUGUUAACCACAGGAAGCAGGGAAGAAGUUCUCAAGAUGAGGAAAAGGAGCCUGAAACAGAAAUACCUACAACAAGGUAAUUAUGAUUGGCCUCUAUAGUAAGAAGCAUAUUCUGAUGAGUGUGCCAGAGUCUGCUGGACAUUAGAAGCCACAAAAUUUCAGGAAUUGUUUCUGUUUGAUGUGUUGGUUCCUGAUUCUUUCUUUCCCUCCAGGUAAACAUGCCCAAGUCACAUGCCAGAAAUAAAAUGCUGCAUUCUUGUGCUGUA